CGCCACCUCAACCCGUCGGAUUCCUAGAUAUCUCGCAAACUACCUCUUCAAGUCGCCAUUUCUUAGCAACUUGACGGACAAACUUUCCGUCAUAGCACCGGUUCCAUUUCAUUACGCCAUCUCGGUUCAAGAUGUCGGACAAGGUACCAGAGUCCCCCACGACAGUGAAGCCACUGGACUAUUCCGACGACGAAGACGUUCAAGAAUCAGGCGUCAUCAAUAUGGACGACGGCACCACCAAGCCGACCCCAGCAUCAGGGGCUGCCACUGGCGCACCCACGGAGGCCUCAACCACCACCGCGGCUCCCCCAAACACGACAACAACUACUUCUCAGGAGGUUCCCCCCCCGAAACCCCCUCGACCAGUCACCGAGCAGCAGAAGAACGAGGCCAUCUUGAAGGAGGCAUUCCCCAGCAUCGACGCCGCCGUCAUCAAGGCAGUGCUGAUUGCAAGCGGGGGGCAAGUCGACCCAGCGUUUAAUGCGCUGCUGGGCAUGAGCGACCCGGAUGCUAUCCAGCACGACGCAGAAGAGCAGCCUCCGCCGCAGCCUCCGCGACCCCAGAAUGCCCAGUCCCAGCUCGAGGCGGACGAGGCCUAUGCUCGCCAGCUGGCGCAACAUUACGAGAGCCAGAGUGCGGCAUACGAAGCUCGGACCUCCAACAGAGGCCCAGGAAACCAACCUCGCCGACGGCAGCAGACCGGCCUGAAUCCAAACGAGCUGCACGAUGACAGGGAGCACAGUUUCAUUGACGACGACCUCCCAGUCAUACAGGAGCAGCUCAAGAAGGGCUUCCAGGAGACACAGGUCAAGGUGAACUCGUGGUUCAAGGAUAUCAAGAAGAAGUUUGACGAGCAGUUUGACGAAACCGAAGGCUCGUCCCAGCAACAUGGCGGCCGUGGACAUUUUGCGGGGCGGGGUAGUGGGGAUUCAUCGAGGAGAAGCCGGGACUAUGAGCGCUAUGAUGCUGAUCCAGAGCUGCUUAGCGAUGAUUUUGCAGGGAUGAAGUUCCACAGCGACGGCACACCUGCUGGUCGCCAGCAGGCACAGAACCCUAAUCUGUUCAAGCCGCCGCCACCCUCAUUGUCGCCAAAGCCGCACGAUGGACGGAAGGUGUCGUUCAAGGAUGGCGUCGAGGACAUUGACAUCUACAACACGUCGCCCAAGAACGCGGCCAAGGAUUCGAGCUCGGCAACUGCUGGCGGAAAAUCCAGCAAAUGGCAGCCACUGUCCUCAGUCGAGCCAAGCCCCAUCGCGGAGAACGACCCCUUCAGCCUUGGUGACAGUGACGACGAUAAAGACGCCAAGGAUAAGCCAGAAAAGGCGGGCAUCAAACUGGAGGAUACGGAGGACUCUGAGGAAAGGCUUAGGAAAGCUGCGGCGGAGGCGAUGGCGGACAGUCUGGUGGAUGACAAGGCCAAAAAGGAAGCCGCGAAGAAAUAAUUAAGCUCCAGGGCCAAUGAGACCCUCGAGCGGCCUGUCGCUGAAAUUGAAACAUGGAUUGAAAGCGUGGUCAGGAUAAGACUCGCGGCACACAAAACACAGCCUACGCGUGGUUCCCCCUGGUUUGGAGCGCUGUCGUGAAGGUGCGAGUAGCGGUGGAUCUGGAGCACCAAGACCUCAUGCCUUGUUAUUCGAUAUCCCUAGAAACAAACGUAAGCCUUGAUUCCCCCCCAACAAGAGCUCUGCUGGUGGCAGUUGACGCUGCUGUGGCAGACACUCAAAUGUUUUGACGUUCACCAACCCCCAGCGUGAAUGCGAUAGAUGUUUUUGCCGUAGUGGGCAUCUCUUGGGUGAAUCCAUAUGCAGCACGCAUGUUGUUACCGUCUGGUCUCCUCUUAGGUGGUUCUUUUCAUCCGUGGAUUUUCCCAAUGGUCUUCAGACUCUUCGGCAAGGGAACUUGCGGAGAAAACCCGAGACGCGCUCAAAACUGCCGCUUCCACGACCAUCAAAAUGAAAUGUGAAGGGGCCCUUAUAGCCAACGGGGUCCCGGUUUGACGAGCGCGUCAAGCACAUCACGUUCUGGUACGGCUAUGUGGGUCGAAGCAAUCGUCCGGGACAGGAAGGGCGAACCUAGUACCUAGGCAGGAACUCUAACUCAGAAGACCAGACCACCUCUUUGUCCCCUCUAGGAUGACUGGUCUCUUAGGGGGGUGGAUAUAUGCUGGCUGUGUAUAAUGAUGAGUUCCGAUGGGAUGAAGUCUUGUAAAAAAAUUCACC